AUGUCUACCUUCCAAUACCAAGACCAAUUACAAAAAUUGCCUAUCCCUGAUUUGGCAGAGACUUGUGCUAACUACUUGAAGGUAUUGCAACCUCUUCAAAACGAAAAAGAACAUGAGAAAACCAUUGAAGCUGUCCAAAAGUUCUUGAAGUCUGGCACUGGCGAGUACUUGGACACUGAGCUCCGCAAAUAUGCCGAGAACAGAAACUCUUUCAUCGAACAAUUCUGGUACGACUCAUACUUGAACUACGACUCUCCUGUGGUGUUGAACUUGAACCCUUUCUUUCUUUUGGAGGACGAUCCAUUCAAUAACGAAACCACAUCCGUCAACCCUCAGGUCAAGAGAGCGGUUUCGUUGACAGUUUCUUCGUUGAAGUUCAUCAGAGCUUUGAAGAAUGAAACCUUGAGCGUUGACAUGCAACGUAACGGCAAGCCUCUUUGUAUGUACCAAUAUUCGAAGUUGUUUGGAGCCUCCAGAAUCCCUACCGAUGAUGGCUGUGUCAUGCAAUCUGACCCCAAGUCAAACCAUAUCAUUGUGAUGAGUAAGUCGCAAUUCUACUGGUUCGAUGUCUUAGAUCAGGACAACAAUUUGAUCAUGUCUGAGCAAGACUUGAUCAUCAACUUCUCCUCAAUUAUCCAGGACUCGAUGAAAACACCAAUCAACGAAGUCGCCAAGUCUUCGUUUGGUGUCUUGACCACCGAGAACAGAAGAGUCUGGGCAAAGAUUAGAAACUCUCCUACUAUCGUUGACAACAGCAACAACAACGAAAUUCUUUCUAUCAUCGACUCGGCAUUGUUCGUCAUCUGUCUUGAUGACAUUGUGUUGAACGAUCUCAGCGAGUUGUCCAAGAACAUGUUGUGUGGUUUGUCUAUCCUUGAACGAGGUGUUCAAGUCGGUACCUGUACUAACCGUUGGUACGACAAGUUGCAAAUCAUCGUCACACAAAAUGGUAAAGCUGGUAUCAACUUUGAGCACACUGGUGUCGAUGGUCACACAGUCUUGCGCUUUGUGAGUGACAUCUACACCGACUCUAUUCUUUCUUUUGCUCAAUCCAUCAAUUCUAAUGCUCCUUCUUUGUGGGGAAAAGAGAAGUUGAACACAAAUUUCGAGAGCAGCUCUUUGGUCACAAUUCCAAGAAAAUUGGAGUGGGACUUGACUCCCGACUUGUCCUUGGCGUUGAGAUUUGGUGAGACCAGACUUUCUGAUUUGAUUAACCAAAACGAAUUCAAGCACUUGGAGUUCAAAAACUAUGGCUCUUCUACCAUCAAGAAAAUGAAGUAUAGUCCGGAUGCUUUUGUGCAGAUGGCUUUCCAGGCAACCUACUAUGCUUUGUAUGGAAAGGUUGAAUGUACCUACGAACCAGCUAUGGUGAAGAGCUUUUUCCAUGGUAGAACUGAAGCCAUUCGUACCGUUAGUCAAGAGUCGAACCUCUUUGUUCGUAAAUUCUUUGAUCCAGAAAUGGCUCCACAAGAUAAGUUGAAGUUUCUUUCCGACGCUUGUGUCAAGCAUACCGAACAGACAAAGAAAUGUCUUCAAGGUAAAGGUGUGGACAGACAUUUGUUUGCUUUGUUCUGUAUCUGGAAGAGAUACAUGGCUGGCGCCGAGGACUCCGCUCCGCUGGCUGUCGACAUGAGACAAGAUGACACUAUCACAAACACUGAAAUCUCAAGUUCCGCUUCUGAUGACACUGUAGGCGGAAACAACCACAACAAUGUCAACUUAGAAUUGAACUCCUUGCCCGAGAUUUUUGCUGACAAUGGAUGGGACAAAUUGAACAACACUAUCAUUUCAACUUCAAACUGUGGUAAUCCUUCUUUGAGACUUUUUGGAUUUGGCCCUGUUAGUCCAAAUGGUUUUGGAAUAGGCUAUAUCAUCAAGGAUGACUCUAUCUCCAUCUGCGCUGCGUCGAAGCACAGACAAACAGACAGAUUCUUGUUGACUUUGGAAUCGUACUUGAUUGAGAUCUACAGAAUGUUCAAGGAAGUCAACGAGUCUACCAUAACUGUUGCUCCAAUUGACAUCAAGAAUGGCGCUCUGAACACAAUUGUUUCUACCACAGUCUCAAAGGCUCCUAAGGCAGGUAAGGCAGAUGCUCUUAACACUUUGCUCGGUGGAUACGGAUACUUCGACAUGGGUGAUGACGAAAUCAAGUCUAGAGGCCAAACUCCAGAGCCACCAUUUUUGUCGCGUAUUGAUAGCAACUUCUCCAUCAGAGAAAUCGAGAGAAAGCUCAGAUUGUCGGAAUAUUAA